AUGGCGCCCUUCAACUUUCAGAACCCGCUGGGCAUCUCCAAGCCCAGCUUCCUCCGCGGAAUACCCACAAACAGCCUGUUCAUGAUAUUCCUCCUCAUCAGCGUCAACGCCAUCGUAUGGGCCACUGCCGCCGUUGUGCUGCACUUCCACCCCCGCCUUGUCGCGCCAGCCGCGCUCUCGUACGUCCUCGGCCUGCGCCAUGCUCUGGAUGCAGACCACAUCGCCGCCAUCGACCUCAUGACUCGGAGGCUCAUCGCUUCUGGGCAGAGACCUGCUACUGUGGGGACUUUCUUUUCGCUGGGGCAUAGUACUAUUGUUAUUGUUACUUGUAUUGUUGUUGCGGCUACGAGUGGUGCUUUGAGGGAGAGGUUUGAUGGGUUUACCCGUGUGGGAAAUAUCAUAGGCACCAGCGUCAGUGCCGUCUUCCUCAUCAUUUUAUGCAUAGGAAACGGUUGGGUUCUGUAUCAGCUCGUGCAGCGUCUCAAGGUUGUUCUGCAGGAGCGCCGACAACGGAGUGGCUUUGACGCCGAGGAGAGUCAGAUUCAGGAUCAUUUUGCCCUCGAGGGAGGAGGAUUCCUGGCUCGUGUGUUCAAGAGGCUGUUUCGAGUCAUUGAUCGGCCGUGGAAGAUGUAUCCUUUGGGCGUCGUCUUUGGCCUUGGGUUUGAUACGAGUUCCGAGAUUGCUAUUCUUGGAAUUGCGAGUAUCCAGGCUGUGCAGGGGACGAGUAUCUGGCUGAUUUUGAUUUUCCCGUUGCUGUUUACCGCUGGCAUGUGUCUACUUGAUACCACCGACGGAGCCUUGAUGAUGGCUCUAUACACUUCCAAGGCCUUUUCCAGAGACGUCGUUGCCAUUCUAUACUAUUCCAUUGUACUCACCGGCAUCACAGUCUUUGUGUCUGCUUUUAUCGGCAUUAUCCAGGUCUUGUCCCUCAUCCAGAACGUUGCCGAGCCCGAGGGAGGUUUCUGGGAUGGUGUAUCCGCCAUUGGAGAUCACUUUGAUAUUAUCGGAGGAAGCAUCUGUGGUGUCUUUUUAGUUGUGGGACUAGGUUCUAUCCUCGUGUACAGGCCUUGGCGAAGACGUGUGGAGAGGAGGAAUCCGCCCCUUGUCGAUGCUGCUGAUGAGGGUUUGGAAGAGCCUCCGACUCCUGAUGAGACACCAGGACGUGUUUACACACCCUGA